UGUAAUUAAGAACAGUUCGUCUUUUAUCUUCGAAAUCCAUUUUCACUUUUUUCUUUUUGAUCUCCUCCUCUGUACUUUAUCUCUCUAAACUUUCUUCUUUCUCUCCCUCUUAUCUAUCUAUCUAUCACUAACGGCAGCGAUCUAUUUGCAAAUUUGGAUCCAUCAGAAAACAUGUCUUUCUCAGAUUCUGACGCGUCAUCUUCUGGUGGCGACUACAAGAAUUUUAGACAAAUCAGCCGUGAACGUUUGUUACAUGAGAUGCUUCGGUCAGCCAAAACAGGAAAUUCAAAAUCAACCUGGAAGGUGCUCAUCAUGGACAAACUUACUGUAAAGGUCAUGUCUUACUCGUGCAAGAUGGCUGAUAUUACGCAGGAAGGAGUUUCAUUGGUAGAAGAUAUUUACAGACGAAGGCAGCCAUUACCUUCCAUGGAUGCUAUAUACUUUAUUCAACCAACAAAAGAGAAUGUUAUCAUGUUCUUGUCAGACAUGUCUGGGAGGUCACCUCUAUAUAAGAAGGCAUUUGUUUUCUUCAGCUCACCUAUUUCAAAAGAAUUAGUUACUCAUAUCAAGAGAGAUGCAAGUGUAUUGCCUCGAAUAGGAGCAUUGAGAGAGAUGAAUUUGGAGUAUUUUGCUAUAGACAGUCAGGGAUUUGUGACUGAUAAUGAGAGGGCUUUAGAAGAACUUUUCAGGGAUGAGGAGGAUUCUAGCAGAGGGGAUGCAUGUUUGAAUGUGAUGGCUACUCGCAUAACUACAGUUUUUGCUUCUUUAAGGGAAUUUCCUUUUGUGCGCUAUCGUGCUGCCAAGUCCCUUGAUGUAACUACAAUGACAACUCUUCGUGAUCUGAUCCCCACAAAACUUGCUGCUAGAGUUUGGGACCGUCUAACACAAUAUAAACAAAAGAUUGAGCACUUCCCUCAAACAGAAACAUGUGAGCUACUUAUCCUCGAUAGAUCAAUAGAUCAGAUUGCUCCUAUUAUACACGAGUGGACAUAUGAUGCCAUGUGCCAUGAUUUACUUAACAUGGAGGGAAAUAAAUAUGUGCAUGAGAUUCCUAACAAAGCAGGUGGUCCAGCUGAGAAAAAAGAGGUUCUGUUAGAGGAGCAUGAUCCCAUCUGGCUUGAGCUUCGCCAUGCUCAUAUAGCAGAUGCUAGUGAACGGUUGCAUGAGAAGAUGACCAACUUUGUAUCAAAGAACAAAGCCGCACAGAUUCAACAUGGUUCAAGAGAUGGUGAACUUUCCACACGGGAUUUACAAAAGAUGGUUCAAGCAUUGCCGCAAUACAGUGAACAAAUUGACAAGCUUUCCCUCCAUGUAGAGAUUGCAGGAAAAGUUAACAGAAUUAUCAGGGAAUUGGGGCUUCGGGACAUAGGGCAACUGGAACAGGACCUAGUUUUUGGAGAUAAAGGAACGACUGAUGUAAUUAGGUUUUUGAACACAAAUGAGGGUGCAACUCGUGAAAAUAAGUUGCGGUUGUUGAUGAUUCUUGCAGCCAUUUAUCCUGAGAAGUUCGAUGGUGAAAAGGGUCUUAAUCUAAUGAAGUUAGCAAAAUUACCAGAAGAUGACAUGAAUGCUGUGAAUAAUAUGAGAUUAAUUGGGUCUCUGGAAUCCAAAAAAGGUUCAGCAGGAGCUUUUUCUUUGAAGUUUGACCUUCACAAGAAGAAACGCGCCGCUAGAAAAGACCGCUCUGGUGCUGAAGAAACAACAUGGCAAUUAUCACGAUUUUAUCCUAUGAUAGAGGAACUUAUUGAAAAACUCAGCAAAGGAGAAUUAUCCAAGGAAGAAUAUCCAUGUAUGAAUGACCCAAGUGCAACUUUCCAUGGUACAUCCCACCCUGCUUCAGUAAAUCAAGCUCCAGUUGUCCAUUCAAGGAGAUCAAGACCGGCAGCAACAUGGGCCCGACCUAGAAACUCUGAUGAUGGGUAUUCAAGUGAUUCGAUACUGAGACAUGCAUCUAGUGAUUUUAGAAGGAUGGGUCGGCGUAUAUUUGUAUUUAUCGUAGGUGGAGCUACUAGAUCUGAGCUAAGGGUAUGCCACAAGCUUACAAGCAAGCUACAGAGGGAAGUUGUUCUAGGCUCGUCGAGUCUUGAUGAUCCUCCACAGUUUAUUACGAAACUAAAGCUACUGACAGCACAUGAACUCACUUUGGAUGAUCUACAGAUAUAAUUUUGGUGGUAUAAGAGGCUGAAUCAGAGUUUAUCAAUAGCUUUCGGAUCCCAUAUGUAUUCAUAGAUAAUUGCAAAUUCAUUUUAUCUGAUUCUUUGUCCAGUGUUAAUCUGUCUGCUACUUGAUAAUUGUGGUGGCAUGUGGGUAAGCAUCCUGCAUUACCAGGUAUGUAGCAUUUGGGUCGUGAAUUGUCAUUGAUGUACUGGAACUGUUGGAAUUUUAUGCUGUGUAUAAUCUUAUUUUACUAA